GCUCGUACAAACCGCUCCUGGACUUGAGAACUAGGUAACUAAGCAUAAACCUGAGGAAGUAUUUUCGUCUGUUUUAAUCCCAAAACAUUAAUUCUCCACGUCGUACAUGUAACCGAUAAAUAACAGCAACUAUUCAUGCGAGUUAGUAUCGCGCGCCCUGGGUAACCACGGAAACAAACGCGUGAAAAACACAGAUGGCGCAUCCACAUUUGACUGUCACAUCCACGAAUAAAAUCCACGAAUAAAAACGAGUGAAUCCACGGUUUUCAAUACCUUGUCAGAGGAAAUGGUUGAUGAUAGAGCAAUGGCAAAAACACGUCCAAACUCGUCCGAGUCUCAGGCUGGGUGAGUGAUUUAUUCUUUCUCAUGUUCUGUGAAUGAUGAUUGAAAGUGGGUUGAUUAUGUUAGAAAAAACAAACCAAAGUAAACAAGACAUAGAUGUUUUCUGUAUCAUCUCCCGUUUCAGGUGUACCCAAGUUGCAUUUGCUCCUGUAAAAGUGUUCUUUGUUUGUAGGUUUAUAGAAGCUCACUUUUUCAAAUUGUCAGUGCGUCCUCAAACGCAGCAUGUAUAAUAGUUUUUCUGAUUAACUUUUCAAAUCAGUAAGCACAAGUUUCUGAACAAUGAGUUUGUGAUUUGCAGGAUGUUUGCAUUUAUCAUUCGCUUUAGCCAACUGCAAUGUGUUGGUACCUGUGAAGUUAACACAGUGCAAUAAACGUGCACACAGACAACAGGUAGGGGAGAGUGGGCUAAGUUAAGUCAAAGGGUAAGUUGAGCCUUGGAAAUGGUAAAAGAAAUUAAUCAUGUGACCAAAUAUUUAGGAGAUGGGCAUCAAUUCAUGGAGUCUGUGAAAGUGAGAAGCACAUGGGUGAAGAUAUAUAUAUAUAUAUAUUAUCAAGACAGUUAUGUUUACACUCAUUAUGUUGGUUUGCAGGGAUGAACAACAUCUUAAAAUAUAUGCAGAUACAGUAGUUAGAGACAAAACUAUGAUCACCUUGAUGUAGUGAUCUGAAAUAUGAAAAAUGGCUCAUCUUACCCCACUCUCCCUACAUGGCUCAUGGAUCAAAUGUGUAAAGACCUUGACAUCACAAUCAGCCAAUCACAACUAAGUUUGAAAGGAUGAAGUUAACUGCUGGUGCGCUUCCACCCAUAGAUGGGGACAGUAUAUGACCACCAGCUGCAGUAUCAGAUUAUUCUGAUGUGGGCAUGUCAACCAAUUCUGAAAAUGAAGAGGCCUCAUAAUAGUGAUAUUCAUGGCAGAGCUGUUGUGCUGGGUUGCAGUCAACCGCCCCAGUGUUCAUGAUGGUAUGGCUGGUCAGUGUAUGUCCACACUGAUAAUACAUAUGAUAAAAUACCUUGUUUGACAGUAAUGACGGCAUCAGCAGCGUGGGCACAUCUCCCCUGUCUGACCCGGAUAUGUUGAGUGCUUCACAUUCUUUACAUGAGAGAAAGGAGUUUAUUAUGAUGCCCCCUGAAGGAAAGCUUGAACACUUUAACAGACAAGCUCAGGACCAUGAAGACCACCAAGAGGUGAGUACGAUGUAGGGUGUGGUGGGAAAAAAUGUUACCUCAGUCUUUUGUGUAUUGACAUCUGCUCAGAAGGGUGAAUAAGGUGUUCAGCAUCCAAGAUGGCAUAAAGUACAUCCAACUUUCCUAUCUUGCAGAGUGUCAAGAGAGAGAAUACUGAUAGUCACACGCUUUAUCUUUCCAGUUUGAUGCUUGUAUCCAGGAUCUGGUGCGUUGUGUGGCUCUGACAAGACUGGUGUAUGAAGAAGGACAUCUUAAACUAGCCCAAGCCCAUGUUAGACUAGCCAAAGCAUAUUUCCACUUUAAAGGUAAUUUUAAGAUACAUCUACCAUGCUUUCACUUAAACUUAAGUCUCCUUUUUAGUACCUUAUUUUUAAUGUGGUGAUAAAUUUGUUAUUUUGCCUAAAAUACAUGUAAGCUUGUGAUAACGUACAUUGCUUUGUCUCUCAUGCAGGCUGGGGUCUGCAGGCUCAGGAGCACUUAGACCUGGCAAGACAGCUACUUCCUUUCUGCACCUCCAUCUCAUCCGGCACAAGUGAAAAGCGUGAGAUUCUCAUGUGUCUGCUGAGUGUGCAUCUCACACAGGGAGGUACUUCCCUUCUUACAGACAAAUAUCCUUGCUGUAAAUGUGUUUCAAAACAAUACACUAGACUGAACAGACAUAUCAACUCAAACAACUCCUGCAAAAGUCCUUGACUCUAGUCAACCCUUGAAGAGGCAGAGUCCUCUUUUCUGGAGGCAGAGCGGGUUCUCGGGGAGCUUCAUCAACUUGCUGGUAUUGACCGGGAAGGGAAGAUAACCACUGAGUUGGAAAUCUGCAAUGGUCUAUCCAGGUUGAGUACUGAACUAUUUUUAAUGUGUAUUACUUGUAGCACACAGUGGAUGUAUGGUUAAUAUAUGAAAUUGGUAAAUAUGACAUAUUUAGGGGCUCAAGUGCAGAACAUGCAGCCUUUAAGAUUCAAAAGCAGCUGCUGCUCAUUUUAGCAAUGCUGUUGAGUAAUUAGAUGAUUUGUUCUAUUUAUUUCCUCUGACUUGCUCUUAUUAACGGUAACAUGUGCCAGGGGAUAUUCAGAGUAUAGCCUGGAUGGUUUCACCUUUGCAGCAGUUGUUUAUUAUUAUUACUCAUCAUGUCACCCUGAAAACCCCCGAAGUUCUAAUAUAGCACUUUGCUAAAAUGUUUGGCCACAAGAUGGCGAUGAGUCACUGCAACCAGCAAAGCAAAAUUUUCCAUGUGCUCUUGAACACAACAACUUGACAAAUCAGGGUUUUCCCAUGUUGCUGUCCAGUCCACUGAGCAGGUCAGUGUGGGUGUUUUGUAAUUAAGCCUGCAGUCCAGCUGGGUGGGGUCUCUGCAUGUCCACUCGUCCAGUCACUGAGCAAGCACAGUAAAGAGAAGCCUUGUCUGUUUUCUAUCUAACAUUGACCUCCUCCUCAGUCACUUAACCCCUUACCACAAUUCAUGCUGAGAUAUUGCUUUCACUGUCUGAUAGACUGAUUCGGCUUGUGUCAUUCUCUUUCAAGCUGUUUACUUCACACCAAGUGGUAUUGCAACAUUAUUGAUUUGCGUCUACAGUUUUACAGUGAACAUUUGUAACGUUAUGGUGGUAUUGACAGCACACGCCCCCACAGGCUGUACAGCAUGCUAGAGUAAAGAUUAAAGACCUAAUAAAUCACGGUUGACGCCUCAGACAUCAAGUGCAGGAGAGACUAAUGUUUACUUACCAUACUGAGAAAGCCAUGGGACCUAGCAACAUAAAAUAUAUCAACGAUUUGUUGUAGAUUGGAUAAGUGAGUGGAUAGUAAUUUUGAUGAUGUUGAGGGGACAGGUUGGUUUAUUUGGAUUUAUUUUGAUUCAGUGGAUAGAGCAGUUGGUAUUGUAUCGAUAUCUGGAUAUAACUUCCUUUUAAGUACUUAAAUUAUCCCUGCAAUGAACUUAGUGUAUGUUGAAAAAACCACAGCAGCUCAGUACAUCUCACAGCUGCAUGUCUGUGAAGCCAUGUAAACAUCCUUCUGCAAGGAUCCACAGCCUCAGACAUUCACCAAGCCUGCGUAAGUUGUGAAUAAGUUGUGUUUUAUGGGUUACAGAACAUUUAUGAUCAUUUCACCUAAUCAUCAGAGACACUGAGGCAGAAGAACUACUGCAUCUGUAGUGCAAAAUGAUUAAUAUGAUGAUUAUUACUUCAAUGAAGUGAUAAAGUAAUGAUCUUAAAUGUUCUUCCUUGAGCUGCGUCACCCCGCUGUAGUCCGUAAUGGACUGGUCUCGCUACAAACAAGCGGCUGCUGGAAGAGAGUAGGUAAGUUGUGUUUAGUCUCUUUGCUAAAGAAAUCAGGCAAAGUUAAAAAGAUGUUUGGUGGCCACUGGCUAGUACUAUGGCUGGGACCCUAUAUGUACUGUUGAUGAAGCAUGCUGUUCUGAGCAUUAUUUGUGGCUAUAGAGUGGCGUUUUGGUUGAGGUUUGUUUAUGGCUCCUCAGACCGCUGUGUAUUACUAUCCUGUGGUCGUUACUAAAGUUGGUAUAACUAGAGAAACAAGCAGUCGGCAACAUUCAUCUCUCAAGGGGGGGUCUAACUUGGAGUUGCGUUGUGUUUGACCCUAAAUUAAUUUUACGCCAGAAUAUCCCUUUAAGAUGAAUUACAGCACACCCACAAAUAAUAAUAAAAAAUGACAAACGGUUCCAAUUAUUCUAUUAAUGGUUACACUGAUUUUUGUCUACCACACAGCAUACUCUUCAUUUUGAUUAACUGCAUGCUGCUGUGGAAGAGAGUAAUUCAAUUGACACCCAUUUGUUCGAUUUGAUGUUUCUAUAUGGAUUUCAUUUACCACAGUGUGCUGCAACACUAAGUGGUUCCGGCAAGCCAGAAAGCCAUGUUAGUCAUGACAGCUGAACUAAGCAUACGCCUAUCUUCCAUUAGGGGAUUGACCCACUGCCUUGAUUAUGAGUUAAUAUUCAAAGUAGAUGGGUUAUGCCCAGAGUAAUUGUGGUUUAACCAGCUUCCUGAGAUAGUUUUAAAAAGCUGUUACUUUCAAGGCCUUAAAUGUUGAAUUUAGGCUACUUUAACACUGAGCGACUAAGGGCAGGUCUUCAAUGUAAUCUGAGGACAACAUGUUGAGUCUCAUAACAAUAAGGAAAGACUGACGAUAUUUCAAGAGGUUUCACGGUUGUAAAGGCAAGUUGAAGAGUUGUGGACCCACAUGUUUUGAGGAUCCUGUUGCUAGGUGAAGAGGAGUAAAACCACAGCAGAAUUUAAAGUAAACAAACCAAAUCAGCAGCAGCAGAGGUUAGCUCCUCUCACAGGAAUCUGAAAAUGAUGCCAUCUUGCUCUGUUUCAAAGAGUCAGAGUUUGUUGACAUGAUGUGUGUAAAUUGAAAAAAUGUGCAGACUCUGGCUGGUGUGUAAGCUUGCUAAAUCUCUUUUGUUAGAUGGUGACUAAGAAUUUGGCGUGCCCCUAAAGCCCUGUCAGUCAACACUGUUGUGAUGAGGGGGAAUGUUCCCACCAAAGCCUGGAACAAAAAAUUGUAUGCUCAGCUCCCCCAUAGAUCAUGGUCCACAUAUUCUGCUGGGUUCUGGAUUCACACUCAAGGUGUGUGCUUUGAACAGCCAGGUGGGAAAUUUGGCAGUUUUUGUAGUUUUAGAUUUGUUUUAUGGGUGUGUGUGAUCUCAUAUACUUGGCUUCACUUCUCGAUAACUGCUGUCAUAAAUUCAAAAGCAAAUUGAUAGAUUUAUUUCAAUUCCCUCAUGAUUAUAAUAAAAUAACUUAAUAUUUUCUCAACCUUUAAUUUAAUUCUCAUGUUUAUGCUCUGCAUUCAUUUAAAUUUCCUCUAUGUAAAUAGAUCACAGAGUUUGUAUUGCUGUCAGUCACUCUGUCGCAACAUCCUUACUCACAGAUUUAUUGCAUAGCUAAUGUGUACUGAGUAUUUUCAUAGUUUUAACCCACAUUUACCUGAGAACACAAUAAAGAGCUUCAUCAGUCUGAAUGCUACAGAUGCUGACAUACUUCUCUUUAUGUCGAUCUGUUUUUACUUCAUCUCGGCCUUUGUGGAUCAUUUUCUGAGUAGAAGUCCACAGAAAAACAACGUCAACCGUGUUCUGGAAACAUUUACAAUAGAGGGCUGUGUGGCUUUCUUGGCAACACAUCUACAAAUCCUUAAUUAUAUAAAUACUCUUCCCUUUGGACUCUCCGCAGAUUGCAGUGGGUUGAGGCAUAUUACAGUUCUAGCCAGGAUGUGCGUAAGGAUGUGAAGUGAAUGAGAGGAUAGAGGGGUAUUGUAUCUGUGUGUCCAUGCAGGCUGCAGGCUGGCAGAGCUCAAGUAAUGCUGGAAUGUAGCUCCGCUUCAACCAUCCCUGCUGCCCUACAAGGACUUGAAGUGCCUGCCCUGUGAAAACUAAUGGGUGGGGCACUCACUUCUUCUGUCCAUCUUGUUGGGAUAGUCUUCUAUUCAUGAGAAACGAGGGAUAGGAGCGGGACGUGAUACUGUCUGUCUUACAGUGCUGUUCAGUGCCUUCAGAACAUUUACUUCAGGUAAUGAUGUUAUAGAAAAGAAAACACAUAGUACCUUAAAUCAGGUGUAAGACUUACACUGUGUUGAUGCAAGAAGACUGAUUUGUAAAAGUGGUUUCUCUCUGCUGCUGUAACACAGCAACCGAGCCCGAGUCUGAUUGUAAGUGAGUGUUGUGUCCUCUGUGAAAGGCCCCCCCCUUUGACUGGGGAGCAGAAUUAAAUUUAGAGUCCAUUAGCUGGUUGGAAGCUGUUGGCAGAGUGGGUUGAUGGAUUUGAUGUCCUUGCAGGGGUUAAUGCAGCUACCGUCUUACAUCUCUUUCUACACUCUCCCUCUACUGUGCUGUGUAAAAACCUGAGUGACUCCAUUGUGCAGGAUGCUGAAAAAUGGCUUGAUUGAGCUCCAACUUGGUGACAAUCUCACAUGUACAGAUAAAGGAUGGAUUGAGCUGCUCUUUGUUUCAACGAGGAUCAUGCUUAAAUCUUGAGUUUUGUGUUGGUGGUUUACUCAGACAACAUGACCUCCCUUUCUCUUUACCCGCUUGUCAGACAUCAUCAAGAGUGAAAUUUUGAACAAUGUAGAAGUUAUCUUUAAGACUUGCAGUUAAUGUCAGGAGUUUGAAAGCAGAAUAUUCCCAACUGAGGUGGUUAGGAGAACUGAGAGGAGGCAAAAAAAAAACAGUUAAAGGGCAAUGUGCAAACUUUUCCUAUUAUAGUCUGCACUACUUCAACAAGCUUCUGCAGCUUCAUCAGCCAAAAGCCUUUUACCCCUCUACUGGCUCUGUGUUUGGCAUGAGACCAAGCUGCUCCUUUACUGAUAAUAAACAGACUCAUGCUUAUUAAUUAUCAUACUCUAUUUUAAAAAUAAUAAAUAAGGAGUAUUUCUGGUAUUAUUUGUAAUUCCAUUGUGUAAAGUAGAAAUUGCUUUGAACAGUUUGGUGCAGACAAGCUGCAACUGCCUUAAUUACUGUCUUAAGUACCUGGCUGAGUUGGUUCCUGUCUGUAUGUUUGUCUGUUUCUGUAAGCAUGUGUUGCCUUGGUACUCUAUAGGGUCUAUAAGAGACAGAACAGACCAGAGGAAGCCUCGAGUCAGUGUGAGAGGUCUCUGCAGCUGCUGAAGGACUGCGGUAAGCCUGAAAAGAUGUGCUCGGUCUAUAAGGACAUGGCCGCCAUUGAACAGGACAACGGUCAUCUUGAUCAAGCCGCGGAGUACCUCACCAAGGCAAGGAACUGAUAACUAAACACAACUCGAAAGCACCAAACAUGUUAACAUAUCGUCACCCUAUUAAAAUAAUGGCCUAUAUAAUUUUUUGACAAAAACUAGUUUUUGGUCUAAAUCCUCUCUUGAUAAUACUGACCAUCUCUGGUAAAAUCGCCUAAAUCCUCAAUUGAAAGGAUCAUGCCAUGAUCCUUUCAACUAAGGAUUUAAUUAUUUUAAUAGGGUGACAGUAUUUGGGAAUUUUAAAUGGCGCCAGACUCCAUCAUGGCGUAAAGUCCCCUCACUUCUUAUUAGGUGAUAUGUGAUCUGUCUUACUUCACAUGGGUGUUUCUGCUAGGCGCAUGCCAUUGCUAUGAGUCACAGCCUAGAGGAACUACAGGGGGCUCAUAUCUCUCACAGCCUGGCCCUCAUCCUUUCUGCUGCAGAGCCCCCUCACAAUGGUAAGUUCAUCCACUGACACAGGCUAGUCUUGAGCAACAUGCACAGAGGGUUAAUUAGGGUUUGAAUCGACCAUUGUCUUCGUAUAUGGAGAAAUCUUAAAGACGGUGUCAUGAAACCAAGAGUGCACAAUAGUCUUAUUGAAAGCAUCCAAGUACAGUCAUGUCAGUAAGAUUCUUCCUUGUCAGCUCUCUCAUGGCACAUACUGCUCCAUAGUAACUGAGGAUGACAACAAAACAUCUGGAAAGUGGGGAGGGGAUUUCAAUCCAGGAAGAAUCUAGACAAACAAUCGUACUGCACUGGUUCAGUAACACUGAACAUUCCAGUUAUCUAGUUAAUUAUUGCUGUGAUUGAGGUUAAUAUGAAUCAUGUGUUUUAUUUCUGUUAACUUGAAUCAUGUGUUUUAUUUCUUCUCAUGCUGCUUCAGACUCAGCUCAACACCACUUUGAGCAGAGCCUCAGUGCGUACAAAAAAUCUGCAGGUUCACAAGAUCCAACAUUUCUUGCUGUGCAGGAUGAUUACUGUCGUUUCCUCCUCUUCAGUGGCCAGCAGGAGGUUAGACACACUCACUCACAUAAGUCUGACAACAAAUACAACUUAAAAAGUCCUGAAAAAGUUUUUUUUUUUUCAUAAUUUAAUUUAAAAAGUGAAACGUUCAUAAGUUGUAGAUGCAGCAUGCACAAAGUGAAACAUCUCAAGACUUUUUCUUUUGUUUGAAUCUUGAUGAUCACGACUCACAGUUCCCAAAAAUCCACUGUCUCAAAACACUGGAAACUAAUAGAACACUUGUCCAGAAAAGAGGAUUUAAGGUACAGAAUUGUCCUGGAAAUGUUUGUUUAUUUAUACACUCAGUACUUGUUCAGAGCUCCUUUUGCAUUAAUUGCUUGAGGUAAUCAGUCUGUGGCUCUGCUGCUGUUUUAUAGAAGUCCAGGUUACUAUGAUAGCAGCCUUCAGCUCGUCUAUAUUGAUGGUUCUGGUGUCUCUCAUUUUUCCCUUGACAGUACCCCUGAGAUUCUCUAUAGGGUUCAGAUCAGGUGAGUGAUACCAUAGUCAGCAAACCAGUUUGUGGUAGUUUUGGCGCUGUGAGCAGGUACCAGGCCCUGCUGAAAAAAGGAAAUCUAUAUCCUCAACAUUUCCAGAAGACUAAAGCAUAAGGUGAUCUAAAAUCUCUUGGUAGACUUUAGGCUGCAUUGACUCUGGACUUAAUAAAACACUUCAGGUCAACACCAGCAGAAGACAUAGCACCCCAAAUCAUCACAGACCGUGGAAACGUCACUUUAAAGCACCUUGGAUUCUGUGCCUGUCUGUUCAUUGUGUGAUUGAGAUGCAACACCUAUUUUCAUCUUAAAAGAGGACUUUGUACCACUGAGCAAUAGUCAGAUUCUUUUUCUGAACUCUUUCAGGACACUCUGAUUCACCGAACUGCACCAGCACAUCUGUAUUCUGAGUGGUAUAAUGUCAUUCUGGCAAAUAUUGUUACAGAAAUUUUAUAUUUACACUUGUGCAAUUUUGAUUUCUUUGUGCAUGUUUUAUCAUUCAGGCAGAACAACCAUGGAAACACUCAAGUUUGUGUGUUUUAGGGAGAUUGUUUCACCUGCUGGACACGGUGAGGCUGAGGUUUAACCUUUUUUUUUCCAUGCAUCAUCGCAGAGAUGCGUGGAGAUACAGAGGGCGUCUCUUUCUUCAAAAAGAUCUACAUUUGGUGAUCUGAGCGCCGAGGUAGCAGACACCCUUCAGCUGAUCGGGAGUGUGGAGAUGACCAAGGGCAGGAUGAAGCAGGCCCACAGGAACAUGACAAAGGUGAUCGUAUGCUGCAGAUCACAAACAGCACAACUAAUGUUUAUCUUGGUGACAACCUUUGAAUACAUAUUAGGCAUGCUGGACAGAGUUAAAGUUAAUAUCCCACAUGACACUUUAAAUCUGCCAGAGUAUUUGAAGGGCUUUGAUAAAAGGCCAGAACAGCCAGUGGGCGUGUCCAUCUAUCUACCAGUGAGGGUCUUGUUCAGAAUAUACACACACACAAAGAGCCCCUGUCAUUUUGAGAUGAGCUAUUUCCACCAUCCUCCCUAAAGCUCAGUGCUAUCAGAAGCGAAUGCUAAUCUUGGACGUUUGCAGUGUGCACAGGCGCCAUCCCUGGUGUAAAAUAUCACACAGAGUGACUUUGUGUUUUCUCAGCCCGGAUGGAGCCUGACAGAUGGGCAACACAAGUCGGAGAAGAGAAUGGCAGUUUGCUAACUGCUGUCAAUUAUAGGGACACUGACCCCAAUUAGUGUGGCAUGCCAUGAUAUCCUCUGCAACAUAAGUGACCUUCCUGCGUCUUUCAGCGCACAUGCUUUGAAUAAAAAUCAGCAUUUCAGUUAAUUUAAUAAUAAAGCUCCUCCUUUAGAGCUGUUUUCACUUUGGUCUUAUGUAACCACUGUUUUCGUUUUCACAAUCGGAGCAAAUGUUCAUCUGUGACCUCAGUUCUCCCGCCCAUUAAGCUCCCAGUACAAAAAUACACCAGUACGGGAAUUUCUUUAUACCAGCAUCGACAUGAGUGUAAGAAAAGGAGCCCAGUUGCUAUGUUGGUUUGUUUUGGCAUGUAAGUGAAGAGGGAUCCAAGUCCCCCUCUGAUACUGACAGGGGACAUUAUGGCUCUCUCUCUGUCUCUCAGCGCCACCGUUGGCUGGUAACCUUUUGGAAGUUCCCUGACUCAGAGCAGAUAUGUCAGGAUACUCUUUUUCCUGUCAACAUGACACCGUCCUCCCUCUGAUUGAGUAAUCUUUGUUUUUCUAAAAGAAACCAAGCUCAGCCUAAAGAUACAGAACAGAGGACCCACUAAAAACAGAGAACAAUACUACACACACACACACACACACACACACACACAUGCUUACAGUUGACAUCCCCCUUUCUCUGUAGUACUGCUGGAAAAAAAGGCCUUCCAUGACAUCAACCUUAGCAACGGGGAAAACAUCCAAGAGGCCAGAUGGAUCUGCUCCAGAUUACCGAGUGUUUUACUUUCUCUGAUGCAGAGGGAACUUAUUCAGCCUUUUUUUUCUCUCUCUCUCUUUGACAGAGUUCUCUUUACACUGUGUAUGGCGAUUACCAAAAAGCCGUCUUUUAUCACGUCAACUUCAUUUCAUGUGUUUUUAGUUAACGUUAAGACUUUUCUGCCAUAUUCUCUUACAUCUAUGAACCAGUUUGCCCUUUCCUUCCAUUUGAUUGAACCUAACUAAAUGUCGAGUGGAAAAUGACUCAGACUGCGUCUUAAAUUUGUUGACUUAACUACAACAGACCCUGAGUUGUUAGUAGCUCUUGUAAUAAGCCCAGCAGACCCCCCUUGUUGACCUGACACCCAGAGUGGUCAGCACAGGUGUUAUAUAAACCUCAGGGUGCAACAGUAGUUAUUUUGGGAUGUUUAGUGCUUUCACAUGUUGCCAGGAAGUGCUUUUUUCAUUCCUGAGUAUGAGUUGCACCUAUCACUUUCCACUGACCACUCACUCUGCUCUCAUUAUUUUUGUUUUAUUGUAGUGCCUGGAGAUUCAGACUUUGUUGUACGGCCCUCAGCACAAGAAGACGAAAACUACACAGAAAGCUGUGGAUAUGCUGGCGCGGUAAAUCUGCAUAAAGUUUGGUUUUGUUGCCCCUACAAGCCUAUGCUUAAGUGUGUAUUCAAAACUGUGGUUUGACAUCAAAGAAAAGAUCAGAUUAAAGCGAGAACAGGACAUGUUUGAAUAAUGCAACCAUGUGCUGUUUCGCAGGGCACCAGAGGUAGCUGAGAGACAUCAGAGGCAAGGGCGAAAGUCGACAAAAGAUGCACCGACCAGUCAUGAUGAUGGAAACUCAAUGUCAGAGUCUUAAAAUGCUUUUCUUUUUAUUUUGUAUUUAUAAUACCCUUGUUGAUCAUUUACCAGGAACUAUCAACAUCCUUUUUGUAAAGACGUGUUCACCUGUUAAACAAUACGGGCAAUUCACUACAGCAGUCCCCCCUUAUAUCAUGUGAUGACAUUAAAUAAUUAUCUUUGAAGAAAAACUCACACUCAGAAAAUGUUAUCACGAUAGGUUUUAAUCAUGGUAAGAUAUGAAUCAGUGUCCAAGUAUAAGCUGGUAUUUCUGUAACCAAAGCAGUCAUGUCAUUUGGUCAGUAGACAUCAUGAUGUCAACAAAAAUGAUAGGUUAUCCACGGUGGUGACAAACAUUUACUGAACACUCAUCUUGUUAAACAUCCUUUAUACAAUCUUUACUAUAUAUGCUGAUGGUGAUGUUUUUAAUGCAGUGAAAUGGCACAUGGUAUCUAGAGUACAGUGCACAUACACACACAGUGACCUAGCUUACAUUCCUCUAUAAAGCGUCUUUUUAAGAGCAUUGGUUUUGUGUAAAUUAAUGUGAUAAACUUUAUCUGGCACUAAGAUUUAUCUGGCACCGCAAGAUUUUUCUGUGGAUUUCCAGGAGCUAACAUUUAUGACAGCAUGCCUUUUGACUCAAAACAUUAUAAGACACUGUUAAAUUGUUGCUAAAUCUAUAUUUUUCUUCCACAAAUGCGCAGAAAAUAUAGCUUGGCUGUGAAGGUUAGGAACUAUUUUAUUCUCUGUUACGAGUACACAAAACCAAAAACCAGAGUGAACAGUCAGUGCCACUACGAUAAACUGAUAACCCCAGAAUAAACGCAGCCAUUUAUAAACUGAUCAAAAUCAAAGCAAGCAUAGAUGAAUCCAUCGAGCCAACACCAGAUAGAAGAAACAAAUGUCUGAAAGCAACACGCUGCAUAGUUCAAACCAGAUGGAGUAUUUCUCCUUAAAACUGUCAGUGAAUCACUUCAGUUCAUUAAGAUUUGUUAAUCUUAAUGAACUGGUCGCUCUGUUAAGAAGAUCAGAUGUUUAAGUCUUAAACUCCCGCUACACACAUUUGUAUCCGAGUGCUCUCUAUUGGAAGUUAAAAGUCUAUAGAAGUGAAACGCACCAUUAAAAGACACACAUUUAGCAAACAUGCUUUCCAUUGUUUACACUGACAGUGUUACCUGGUUUUGGUUCUUUUAAAUCAAAUGAUUAUUUGCAAUUAGUUGUGCAUUGAGUAUAAGGAUUCAAAAAUACCUCCCUUGAACAAGUGCCUCAUUGGCACCAUUCUUUAUUUUUAGAGUUCAAAACUUGCUUAUUUCCCUGUGACAAAUAACACGAUUUCCUUCCACCCCCACUUCACUGUCCUCUCUUACAAGCAUCACAAGUACUGGAACUAUACUCUGUACCCAUCAUGGAACAGUUUUACACUUAGUACACUUAAACGAUCCCACCUGGCAGCUCUACCAUACCCUACUCUACCAUACUCUAACGUAUCUGCUAGCAGCAGCACAGCACCUCAGAACUCUAAACUGUCUCGCGUUGCAGAAAACUGCAGAAUGUUUAAGCUUUACAGCAUUGGUUAGUACAAAAAUAGAGAAUCUAGAGAGAAAUGAGCCCUCUGAAGUUAAUCUGCAAACUGGAAAAGGUUUAACCAACCUGUGUAGCGCUCAUCAACAUCGACCAACACAAGCUUUGCUACAUUGUUCACGUUAAAGCCCCAGCCUGUAAUAGUUAGAACUUCGCUUUUUUUGUUCAACUGCCAUAAUUAACACCAGAAAAAUGCAUAACUCUUGUAAUAUUUGCCUGAUAGUUAAAUUCUGCUUUAGUUUCAAGCUGCAGUUGUUUGAAGUGACACUCUCUGAGCAGGUAAAGUCAAAGAUACAAGAUGUUUUACUGCAAAAGCUAAAGCAUCGGGUUAUUGUCUCCAAACAGCAUUGCA